AUGGUUCAGUUGUUUUAAACUCAGCACUUUGUGUGGAGCCGUAUACACGUAGAGUGAUAAUUGACCACAGAGUGUUCUGUCAGGAAAACAUUUUUAGAUUUGCAAUGGAUACAAUUAGACAAUGUAUCGCAGGACUACUUGUAGCAUUUGUGUUUGGAGCAGCUUACGUUUUUGAGGCGAGAUUAAGUGAUAUUUACAAGGAAAUAAACGAAGAGUUAUCGAUCGUUAGACUGAAAAAUAAAGAAUUACAAACGAAAGUAGAAACAUUAGAAGAGUUUGAAAAGAAAAGAGGAGAAAAACUAACAAAGCGUGUUGAAGUUGUAGAGAAGAGUCUGGAUAAUGUCGAAGAAUAUCGCCAGAAAGUAAAUUUGAUUCAGACAUCUGUCUCCAGUAUCAAGAAUAAUGUAAACAAGAAUCAUGAAAAUCUGGAACAGCAGUUGAAGAAAAUAAAGAGUUUACAGGACACAGGCCCAACCUUUGUAAGAUGGGGAAGAACAGACUGUCCAGGCACGUCCAUCUUAGUUUAUAAAGGAUACGCUGCUGGUUCUCAUUAUUUACAUAAAGGUGGCGUUUCUAAUUUUAUCUGUCUGCCUGAAGAGCCUCAGUGGGGAGACAGAACACCAACUGUACAUCUAGCUUUUGCUUAUGGAACUGAAUACGAGAGCAAUAUGUUUGGAGAAAACGCACAUCAACAAGACGUACCAUGCAGUGUUUGUCAGACUAAGACUGGUAUUAACUCUAUAAUGAUUCCUGGUAGAACAGUUUGUUAUGACGGAUGGACAUUGCAAUAUAAAGGGUACCUAGGAGCGGGAUAUCAUGACCACCCAUCUGCUACGGAAUAUAUCUGUGUAGAUGAAAAUAUUCAGUCAGUUCCAGGCGGGUUUGAAAAUAAAGAUGGAAAGCUUAUUUACCCCGUAGUUGCCAAAUGUGGUGCAUUAAGGUGCAGUCCUUACAUAGAGAACAAGCCACUCACAUGUGUUGUUUGUACCAAAUAGGUAUUAGUAACAACAUUCGAAAUUAUCAUAGUAUUGGUUUCGUUGAUGAUGCAAUAAGUUGUAUUUGUUUUGCUUUUUUUUUUAACUCGAAGAGUAUUUUAUUGCUUGUUUAUGUGAUAAAAAUAUAUUAGAAAUCUGAAUCAUUGCCUUGCAUUCAA